UUGUUAGGAGAUUUCAACUUAGAUCUCCUUAAAUUUGAAUCACAUCUUAGUACAGAAAAUUUCCUAAAUACUUUGGGCUCAUAUUGCUUUCAACCUCAAAUUCUGCAGCCAACAAGAAUAACAGAUCACUCAGCAACUCUCAUCGACAAUAUUUUCUUUAAUUCUCUUGAGCACUUUUCCAUCAAUGGAAAUUUAUGUUAUGACUUAUCUGACCAUCUACCAAAUUUUCUACCAGCAAACAUCAAGGUUUUUCAACAGAAUUAUUCAAACUUUGAUAAGCAAGCCCCAGUUACUCACAUUCAAUCAACAAACUGGGAUGUCUUACUUCGAGAUGUUUACGAACCAAGAAGCAUGUUUGAUAGUUUCUAUAAUAAAAUAUCUGAGGUCAUUGAUUCACAUAUACUAAUUAUCUAG